AGCCGGUUGCCGUCCGCAGCCGCGUCUGCCCCGAGCGCCGACGCUGCUGGCCGUGGCGGCUAGCUGGACCCGCGCCCCGCCUCAGCGCCCGGGGGACAUGCAGCAGAGAGGAUGAGCCAGAGGGACACGCUGGUGCAUCUGUUUGCCGGGGGAUGCGGUGGCACAGUGGGAGCUAUCCUGACAUGUCCACUGGAGGUUGUGAAAACACGACUGCAGUCAUCAUCUGUGACGCUCUACAUCUCUGAAGUUCAGCUGAACACCAUGGCUGGAGCCAGUGUUAACCGAGUGGUAUCUCCUGGUCCUCUCCACUGCCUAAAAGUGAUCCUGGAAAAAGAGGGGCCUCGCUCUUUGUUUAGAGGAUUGGGCCCCAAUUUAGUAGGGGUGGCCCCUUCUAGAGCCAUAUACUUUGCUGCUUACUCAAACUGCAAGGACAAGUUGAAUGGUAUUUUUGAUCCUGAGUCUACCCAGGUACACAUGAUUUCAGCUGCCAUGGCAGGUUUUACUGCCAUCACUGCCACCAACCCCAUUUGGCUCAUUAAGACUCGGUUACAGCUCGAUGCAAGGAACCGUGGGGAAAAGCAAAUGGGUGCUUUUGAAUGUGUUCGUAAAGUAUAUCAAGCAGAUGGACUGAGAGGGUUUUACAGGGGCAUGUCUGCUUCAUAUGCCGGCAUAUCGGAGACUGUUAUCCACUUUGUUAUUUAUGAAAGCAUAAAGCAGAAACUCCUGGAAUGGAAGACUGCUUCUGUGAUAGACAGUGAUGAAGAGUCUGUGAGGGAAGCAUCCGACUUUGUGAGAAUGAUGUUAGCUGCUGCCACCUCAAAGACUUGUGCCACAACAGUAGCAUAUCCACAUGAAGUUGUAAGAACAAGACUACGUGAAGAAGGAACAAAAUACAGAUCAUUUUUUCAGACACUGUCUUUGAUUGUUCAAGAAGAGGGCUAUGGGUCUCUCUACCGUGGUCUAACAACUCACCUGGUGAGACAGAUUCCAAAUACAGCCAUUAUGAUGGCCACCUAUGAAUUGGUGGUCUACCUACUCAAUGGAUAGCACCAUGGGCUGCUGUGCUACUGCAAGGGAAGACCAAAAGAUCACAGAGGACCAUGGAAUGUCAGAGCCAGCAUGGUGGACAGAAGAAAAGUAGCUUGGGAACAUGCUUCAGUGAAGUUUGGUUGUAGGAAUAAGGUGACUGUACCACAUUACCUAGGUUUUCAGUAAUGUGAGCAAGCUCUGGGCAACCUCUAAGGAAAUGCUUUUAGAAGCAUUCCUUUCUCAAAAUUGCCAUUUUCUCUACCAUGUUGACCAGAUGUGGUUGUAUUUUAUUAAUUUAUGGCAUUCAGAAUAUAGUGUUUAUUCCAUGAGCAUUUUUCAGUCUUUUAAAUGAAGCCAUCCGUGGUUAUAUACUGUACUGUAAUUAUCCAAAGAUAAUAUUGACAGUUAAAAUUUCUAUCACCUGGCUUUUCCUGUAAUAUACUAUAAAAUAAUAGCAAUGGUAAUAUCCUUGGUAUAUUUUCCCAUUUUCUUGAGAGAACCUGGCACAAUAUUUUAAAUUUAACUACAUGGUAUAAGUAGUCACUGUUUUUGACAACCAGUUGUUGCAGUGUGUCUAAAUACCUGUAUAUUUUCAACAUUAAAAUGUUUUGGUUUCCUCAACUAACAAGUCUUAAUGUGGACUUUUAACAUACCAAAUACACAUUGUUAAGAAUUUGAGUCUAUAAAAUAAACUAGUAAAAUGCUGAUGGUUGGCCUUUCGGUGACUUGAACAUGUCCCUCAUAGUCUUCUCUACUUUAUGAUAAUAAAUGAGUGAAUGCAAUUUUGUUUACUAGUUAUGAAACUUGAUUAUCGUAUUUCUCAUAACUAAGUAUCAUUUACUUAAAGUGGAAAAAUCUGCUUUGAGUUAUUUCCAGAUCUGUGUAGAUUACACUUAUUUUGUAGAGAAAGUGGUAAUUUUCAGUUUUGCCCUUAACAGUGUCUUCUAAAAGUGACAUUAAUAUCUAGGAAAUGUUAACAUAGAAGAAGGGCCUCUGCUAUCUGAUUCAGCAAAUCUUAGUUGACUUAGAGUCAGUAAAUGAAUAAGCUGCAUUUGACAAGUGUAUUUGUCCUGAUUUCCUAAAUGGUAUCUGCUGUCACCAGCAAACAUCUGCCCUCUUACAUUGCCCCAUCUAUGAUAGAAAGUCAGGCCAAUUUGGGUUAUAUUAGCAGGAUACAGUUUUUAAAUUUUGCUAUUGAGUCAGCUGCACCUUUUAAUACCUUAAAUGUAUUACAUGUAUGGUCUCUGUAAAUGUUUGCUGUAACACUAUCAGGAAACGGGUGUUGCUAUGCCCGUAUAUGAAACUUCUGCAGUUAAACUCGUGUGGUACUCAUUUCAGUAUACCUUAACUUUACAGUUUGUGCAAUGGCUUUACCUUAUGAAUUAUUCUACAUGAGUGCACUUUGUGGCCUUUUGGGGGGAAGUAGGGAGUUAGGAGAGAAUUCAUGUUAAGAUUGUUUUUUUCAUUGUCAUGUAUUGGGCAGAAACCAUGUUUGUAACAUUUUUCUGGGUUUUAAACAGACUGUUUUGGAGAUCUGACAUUAUCUUCAAGCAUUCUGUGUACCAUGUAGUGCCACAGCAUUGUGGAAAAGUCACAUGCCAUUGAAACUUUCUUUGCUGUCACCAAUGAAGUGUUAUGCUUUCUUAAGUUUCUCCACCUUGACUUCCUUGUAAUCAACAAUAACUGGAUGUUUUUGAGGUGCUCAGUUGGAAUUAAACAUAUUCCAAUCUAUUUGGAGACCAAAGGCAAAUUCAGUUUUCUUACCUUUGGAAUUAAUUAAUAUGAAUUACAGCUUGGACAUUUAUUGUGAGGAAUAUACCAAAAAUAAAUGCACAAGUCCCCCACACGGAUUUUUUUUUUUAACUGAAGGCUAUAGAGAAGGUCUCGGUCUAUCCUGUUUGCCUUUGCAGGUGCCAUUUUUACUGCCUAGUACAGUGCCAUUUGCUUUGUGACGAGCCAUAGGUCGUAGUCAUGUUGAAUGUAGUACACCUUCUCCCUCAUCUUACUGAUCAGCACCCACAAAUGAAGAAAGGUAGGAGAACCAGCAGUAAGGAGCAUCUUAUUACUUGGUUGUAGCCAGGUCAUAACAAGUGUCCUUCAAGCGUGAACUGUAUUCUUCUGUUUGCAUUUAACAAAGAACACUUACAUUGACCUUCAGUGCUUUUUUUUCUGCUUCCUCAAUUAUGUGUAUGUGUACUGGAAGGAAAAGAGUUUUUAAGAGUUGUAGAAUUUAUUUGUAAAGCAGCAGCUAAACGGGACAGUGAAGUCUUUUUCUGUCCUGCCAUCCCCGCACACAAAUUUUGCAUAGUUUACUUUAUGACAGAGAUGAUCCCAAAAAGAAAACCACAUAUAAAACUAUAAAGUUUGCCUCUAAAAUAUUUCUUUGGGAAUUUUCUGAAAUCAAUUCUAAUGUUCAAAAAGACAUGCCUGGUCAGUAUUGGGCCUUUUUUUAAACUGUGAUUUAUAUCAUUUGACAUUUUGAAUUUUUCUUACCAAGAGGUAGUGUUGACCUUGGCAUGUAGUUUUGUUUGUAUUUUUGUUACAGCGUCGUCUCAGAAAAUUGUGUUGAACUUCUGUAGGCUUAAGGAGGAGCUGCUGGAGGUCUCCCCCUCAUAGAGCAGCAGCUGGAACUCUGCCUUCUGGGGCCCAGACACACUUUCCUAAAUUUGAAAGUUUGAAUUGCAGAAUUGCCAACCCUGUGGUAGUGGGAUACCAUGCAGUCCUUUAAGUUCCUGGAAGAAAGAAACCACCACUUGGGGGGAAGCACCCCUAAAGGUCCUAUGUUUUGUUUGGCCUUUUGAGUUUUUGAAGCCGGGUCUCUCAUAGCCCAGGAUGACCAUGAACUCCUGCCUCUGCCUGCUGGGUGGUGGGAUUACAGAUGCACCCCUCCACACCCAUCCAAACCCCUGUAUUGAGUCUCAUCAUGUAACCUGACGAGACUAGAGGGGCCCAUAUUGGUUGGGAAGUUAAACCAUGCUAGAAUCGGUAGGUCAUUUAACCUGUCUACAAACCCUGAUGCUGCUGAGCAGUAGCGUUAUGUUAAGACAAGCUCGGUUUGGGGUGUUCAAAAUGAUGUUUACUCUUUACUGAAGUCUAAAUAUUUCGGCCUUUAUAGGUUUUCUUUUUAAUCAUCAAGAAAUAGUGAUUUAAAUUUAAAGAAUUCAAGUGGUAAAAGUGGAUCUAUUCCUUCCACUUCCAAGAAUUCUCUUUGUGCCUCUUGUUUACACGUCUCUGUCCAAACUGUUCGGAGUGUGGGGACCCCAGUGGGCUGACCAUGCAAUCAGCUGUUGUAUCCUGUGAUGUUGAUCAUGACUUUUAACAUUCCUAAGACAGAUGGUUCUGAUUUAAAUAAAAAGGAAUUUUAAUGGCUUUCUGCCCCUCUGCUCCAUCAUAUUUCCUAUUAGCCUGUACCGUGAUUUUUAUGCUGAAAUUGAAAAUUCUAGUUCUCAGUUUUUAUGCUAAUAAACUGAAUGUACCCCAGUGUAUGUGAACUCAACCAGUCAUAGCUAAGGCGUCAACUUAAACUUUUGCCCAUUCAUGUGAGUUUUGCUGUUCUUGCAUUUUUGUACAUGGCUGUAAAUUAUGUGCAUUUAUUCUGUAUUUAUGUUAACUAGCUGACUUUUACUUGAAUUGUUAAAAUGCAAAAAAUUAAAAUAUGCUUAUGAAAAUAAUGUA